CACGUGCCUGUCAGUGUCCUCCCAAUAUGGCGGCCGGGGAAGCACGAUGAAGGGCUGUCGGUCCGUUGUCAGAGCGCUCUGCCCCCUGAUAGCGCUGCUGUAUGGGCUGCGGGCAGGUAAUGAAAUGUUCCUCCGCCGUCACACUCCCAUACAUGGAUCCUUUACCUAUCACUGCCAUCCAGCUUCCAUAGCCGACAUGAGCAAUCUCUGAGCCAAGCUGACACUUAUCUAUGUAAUAUAGAGGGAGUGUGUGUAAUAUAGAGGGAGGGCUGGCUGUGUGUAAUAUAGAGGGAGGGCUGGCUGUGUGUAAUAUAGAGGGAGGGAGGGAGGGCUGGCUGUGUGUAAUAUAGAGGGAGGGAGGGCUGGCUGUGUGUAAUAUAGAGGGAGUGUGUGUAAUAUAGAGGGAGGGCUGGCUGUGUGUAAUAUAGAGGGAGUGUGUGUAAUAUAGAGGAGGGAGCUGGCUGUGUGUAAUAUAAGAGGAGUGUGUAAUAUAAGAAGAGGAGCUGGCUGUGUGUAAUAUAGAGGGAGGAAGCAGCUGUAUGUAAUAUAGAGGAGAGGAGGGCUGGCUGUGUGUAAUAUAUAUAGAGGAGGGAGGCAGCUGUGUGUAAUAUAGAGGGAGGGAGGGAGGGAGGGAGCUGGCUGUGUGUAAUAUAGAGGGAGGGCUGGCUGGGUGUAAUGUAAGGUGACUGCUGGCUGUGUAUAUAUAGGUGACUGUGGCUGUGUGUAAUAUAGAGUGAGGCUGGCUGUGUGUGUAAUAUAGAGGAGGGCUGGCUGUGUGUAAUAUAGAGUGGCGGCUGGCUGUGUGUAAUAUAAGGGGAGGGCUGGCUGUGUGUAAUAUAGGAGGGCUGGCUGUGUGUAAUAUAGAGGAGGGAGCUGGCUGUGGUAAUAUAGAGCAGUAUGUAAUAUAGAGGAGGGAGCUGGCUAGUAGUAUGUAAUAUAGAGGAGGGCUGGCUGUGUGUAAUAUAGAGGGAGGGCUGGCUGGGUGUAAUAUAGAGUGACGGCUGGCUGUGUGUAAUAUAGAGGGAGGGCUGGCUGUGUGUAAUAUAGAGGGAGGGCUGGCUGUGUGUAAUAUAGAGGGAGGGCUGGCUGUGUGUAAUAUAGAGGGAGGGCUGGCUGUGUGUAAUAUAGAGUGACUGCUGGCUGUGUGUAAUAUAGAGGGAGGGCUGGCUGUGUGUAAUAUAGAGGGAGGGCUGGCUGUGUGUAAUAUAGAGGGACUGCUGGCUGUGUGUAAUAUAGAGGGAGGGCUGGCUGUGUGUAAUAUAGAGGGAGGGCUGGCUGUGUGUAAUAUAGAGGGAGGGCUGGCUGUGUGUAAUAUAGAGUGACGGCUGGGUGUAAUAUAGAGGGAGGGCUGGCUGCGUGUAAUAUAGAGGGAGGGCUGGCUGGUGUAAUAUAGAGGGAGGGCUGGCUGCGUGUAAUAUAGAGUGUGUGCUGCCUGUAGAGUGUGUGUGUGUGUGUGUGUGUGUGUGUGUGUUAGUGAGUGAAAUGUGUGUGUAUGCUGGCUGUUUGUAAUGAGUGAGGGUUGUAUGCUGGCUGUAUGUAAUGUGUGUAGCCGUGCUGUGUGUAUUUUAUUAUCGUAUACCUUUUUUUGUUACCUUCGCUCAUUCUGGCAGUAUGUAGGGUGUGUUUGUGCAUGCAUGUGUGCUGGCUGUGUGUUAAGUGUAUGACGGUGCUCUCUUUUGCCUCCCUCCUGUUUGGCUUUCUGUUAUGGUUCUAGAACCCAGCACUCAGUGAGCCAGAGUGCAGGCUGGGAAUACCAGCAACUGUGCUCUGACACGUUAGUCAGCGUCAGAGGGAGUCAUUACUUGGCACAUUAUCUGUACCUUGUGCCAACCCUUACUCCCAUCACCCCCCCUACUCAUUGCUCUGCAGCAAUACUGCUUGCCCGGUGUCGAUAGGAUUUUAUAGUAGGUCAGAAAGAUAUUUAAUUGACGUUUUUGUUCUGUGCUUUUUUUUCUCUCUCUCUCUUUCAAUGCGAGGGUUUUUACUGGCAGAAUUAACUGUGACUGUAAGAUCUGUGGUCCAUUCCAAGUUGUUGCGCAAUGAGGUAACCGUUCUGCAUUGAAUAGAACAUGUUUGCUGGUUGUUUACAGUAACCUCUUUUUAGAUGUGUAGCCGUUGCAAAGCUGCAUGUUGCUACUUAAUGUGCAUUUGGGUGUUUGGAAUCUUCGGAAAAUUAUGCCUUAACUCAUGCUCAAAAACAUGAUGGCACUAAUUUCCCUCAACUUGCUGUGGUUAUUUUGUUUCUGCAUACCUCAGCUGCGCACUCUGUGUUACUCCAGAAAAAGAGGAACUGUUGCCAUUGAAAAGGAAAUACUUAUUUUGUUUGUGCACAUCCCUCGCACGCAAUUAAAACAUGGGUACUAUUAAAUAUUGCUCCAGAUUAUAUUACCCCUUGUCCCUAUGACAUUAGGAUUUGGCAGACCUCGCCAGGUCUCUAAAUGCCAUGUUGCUCAAGUAAAAACUGUUCACAACUCCACUCACAAAAUUGUAUCAAGUUGGGGGCGGAGCCAGCGCCUGAGCGAGACGGUCGCAGCUUACUGCAGCUCCGACGGCUGACCCAAUAAUACAGCUGAAACGGAGGCUAAAUCUGCAACGGGGUCCCGAGAAAACGUCCCCCUGCAUACCCCAGACCAUGGGGGAAAAAACGAAAAAGCACAGAGCGGAACUGAGCUCCGGAUCCAGAGAUAUAGGCGCUUUUAUGCGCCCGACUCAGCGAUACGAGACAGCCAAGAUGGUGCCGGCUGAGGCCUUUACCUCGCAGCCCUCAGACGACGACAGCCUACCGGACACUGUGCCUGCACAGUCUGAGGUACGACCUAAGUCCCAACAGCCACCAGAUCUUGGCACCUAGCACCAUCAGCGAAAGCCGAUAUAAAGGCUAUGAUGAUAGAAAUCAGGGCGAUGUUUGACGCCGAUAUGGCACUUAUUAGAGGAGAGGUAAACACACUUGCAGGCCGCAGCAGAGGAGAUGCUCAGAAGCACUAGGGUGGCGCAAACGGCCACAGACGCAACUUUGGGAUCCCUACAGAAACAGUGUACUACACUGGCAGCCCAGCUAGCAGGCAUGGAGGAUAAAGCAAAAGCGCGCAAUGUGCGUAUUAGAGGGGUACCGGAAACCAUCAAUAAUAUGGAACUGCCUCACUACUGCAGAAGGCUGAUAGCCACACUGUUACUACCAAAACAGGCUGGAAUUGACUCUUGCUUUAAACUCCCUAAGGCCACAAAGGCACCACAGGAUGCCCCAAGGGAUGUACUACUUAAAAUGGUUCGGGACUCUGACAGAGGGGCCCUUAUGGGAGCAGCACGGGGUUCCCCCACAAUUAUUUUUGAAGGAGCAAGCUUGACACUGUACAGGGACCUGUCGAGACAUACCCUCACGUGGCGCAGAACUUUCCGCCACAUUACGCAACACCUACGAGAGAACUCUAUUCCUUAUAAAUGGGGUCCCCACAGACUGAUGGCGGACCAUGAUGGAAAGACACACCUCUUACUGAGUGCUUCGGAAGCACCACCUUUCUUCCAGUCGAUAGGCAUCCCAACGCCUGCGGUGAACACAGGUACCUUCCCACCGUGGAACAUCGCGGAAGUCACUCCCUUUGCGCCCAGGGGAACGGCACUAAGGGCGACGGACCAGCAAACCUGAGAUGAGCGGACACUCACCCCUACAACAUUAUAUAAUGUACUUUGUCGGGGAGAUUACAACUCCCAGUUAAAGGCCUCUUAGGUCCAUUAUUUACACCAGUUUUAUAUGCAUGUAUGCAUGACUUCUCGUUACGUUGACACUUACUCCAACAUUCAUAAUCACCUUAGCUAGACACUCACAGCUCAGAUUAAGGGAUACCAACUCCACCCUGGCUCCGUAAACUGACUGCCCAAGACAUGUCCUACGCAAAACACCCCCCCUCCCCCACCCUUACGAAGACAGAGUAGGGUCUCAACCAACUAGUCUAUACCUCCACACCACGUGGUAAGCGACCCACCUGGAAAACUCGGACCGACCAAAGGGCCCACACAAGGGCAGGAGCAUCCACAGGCCAUACCGUUUAAACCUCCCCAACCCCCUACCAUACUUGUCCUAGGCAAGGCACGACACCCUGAACCAAUCAGCAGGGCACACUAAGCUUAACGCCCAAACCCCCCCAGACAUAUUGCUGUAUUUCUUCUAUACAGAUAAGAGGAGGAUUAGCCUGACUAACAAAACAAAAACGGGUAGACGACGCACAUGUGCGACUUUAUAACAUAUAAUGAUGAUCUAGUAUGUAAAAUGUUACAUUUUAUCUCUUUGAGCACAUACUGUAAUUGAUUUUCUUGACUUGCAAACCCACAAAAAUAAAGAAUUCCAAAAAAAAAAAAAAUUGUAUCAAGUUGUUAACUGAUAGUUAUUAUUGUAGGAUAUGCUUCACACUGUUGAUUUUAUUUUUAGGAUCUCCACGUCCUUUCCUGAUUACGCACCGUAGUAGCGGGCAUGCAUUUUAAUGCCUUAUCUGUGUUAGCCGAAUAAGCUUUCCAUUAAUGCAUCUCUCCCCUCUGCUGAGAGGUAAAGGAGAUGGGCACAGAAUUGUUUGGAUAUUGCAACACAAAGAACAACUGUUGACUUGACUGCACAGUACCAGCCCUCCUGGUCUGUGCGUAACUAUCCCUGUAGGUAAAUGAGCAUAAUUUAAAGGAACACAGUCUCAAUGAAGUGGUAUGGGUGGCAGGUUUCCCCUGUUUUAACCCUGCAAGUGAAACGAUGGUCAUUCUGCACUAAGGCAAUGUUUUCAUUGCAGAGUUUAAAUGCCUCUUGUGGCAGUUACUCCUACAACCAUCAAAGGCGCUUCUGAUGAAAUAGUUAAAUUCUAUUUCUAGCAGAUUCUCGGAGAAAACAUCUGAUUGGCACUGCGGUUUGCUGCUCAUGUGCAAUAUCCUUUCAAUGCUUUCUGAUUGGCUGAGAUCAUCGAUAUCAAUGAUCUCCGCUAAGGAAGCAGAGCUUUCUUGGGGGACUGCUGCCAUGAAGAAAAGGGAAGUACCGUGCCUUUUACUCCUGCAGAGGGGCCCAAGGACCUAAAUACCCAAAAGGACACUACAGCACUAGGAAUACACACUUGUAUUCCUAACGUUAUAGUGUGCAUUUAACGGAACAACACCACGUUAAAAAUGAAUAUCUUUCAGGUUUUUUUUGUUUUUUUUUUUAAGUAAAAACAAAAAACGGGGCUUACACUUUUUACAUUGCAAAGACAGUCCCAAUUGACGAAGCCCAAUCUUUUCUCACUGAGCUCACAAUAAGGGGAUCUGCCAUUCAAAUUCUUAUCUAUGUAAAACAUUGGCUUCUGCUUUGUGGAGAUGGGAAACCUUUCUAUCUGUGUGAUUGGCAGGUUGGAUGGUGUAACUAAGGACUCUUGAAAUCAGUACUUUUAUAAAAUAAGACAAAGUUUCUGUUAACCUAUAAAACACUUCAGCAAUUUGAAGUGAGAUAAUGAUCCGGAGUGUUCCUUUAAACAAGAGAUGCCCAAAAGGUAGAUCCUCCGGUGUUUUAAAACUACUGCUUCUAUGAUGCUUUGUCAUUCUAAAGGCAUGCAAAGCAUCAUAGGAGUUGCAGUUCCACAACCUCUGGGAUAUGCCUUUAGGGCAUCACUGCUUUAAAGGAGCACUAUAGGGUCAGGAACACAAACAUGUAUUCCUGACCCUAUAAUGUUAAAACCACUAUCUGGCCCCCUUUGCCUCCCUAAAGAUAGUUAAAAUCUUACUUGUAUUCAAGUCUGAAGCUGCUGCCUCUGCCUGUGAACUUCCUCUGACAUCAUCAGAUGUGGUGGCCUGAUCCAAUCACAAUGCUUCCCCAUAGGAUUGGCUGAGACUGACAAGGUGGCAGAUCAGGGACAGAGCUAGCACAAUUCAAACACGGCCCUGGCCAAUCAGCAUCUCCUCAUAAAGAUGAAUUUAAUCAAUUAAUCUCUAUGAGGAAAGUUCAGUGUCUACAUGCAGAGGGAGGAGAUACUGAAUGUUUGGAUGCAUUUUAGGCAGCCAUGACCCAGGAAGGAUCUCUAGCAGCCAUCUGAGGAGUGGCCAGUAAAGUUAUCACUAGGCUGUAAUGUAAACACAGCAAAAAGCCUGAAGGUAGUGAUUCUACUCACCAGAACAAAUUCAAUAAGCUGUAAUUGUUCUGGUGACUAUAGUGUCCCUUUAAAUCUUAUCCAGAAUCUUCUACUAUUGGUUAUACUCGAGGACUGGUAUGAAAAACAGACUCUUGGGUCCCAACCAUUGUCAAAGAAAGGCCUCAGGAGCUGAAGAGUUCUGUAGGCACGUACUGAAUUUGAGGCAUACAUCCAACAAUUUUAUACAGAAGGCAAUGUUUAUUCACUUUGGAAUGUGACUAUGAAGGUGGUUAGAGUGUUGAAUAAUUCAGGUUAUGGUGAAUUUGCAGACAAUGCUGCAUUGAAUUGGCCUUAGGCAUAGACUAAACCUCUUACAGGAUGUAUAAUGCCAUCCUUUACCCACCCAUCCAGUUUCAACCAUCAAUAUACACAUGGCUAGCUACAAACCAGUUUCCCAGGUUCAUUUACACAGUAAGUAAACUCUUGGCACACAUUACAGUAAGGCAGCUGAACAAAUACAAACAUAAUGUGCCAGAAAUGAAUACUGACAUCAGUAGGAUCAAUUUAUUUUAUAUUCUUUAUUUUUAUUGUGCAUACAGUCUUGAGAUGCCAUGACGGCAGCAAUAAGCGUAUUAGGAACAUACAUCAAGAUAUUGUGUCGUGGCAUAUGAGGAAAGUACACAUUUUUAUGGGUAUAAUAAAACAGGCUAAACUGUGGAUCUAAACAUAAGAUCUGAGAGAGUACAAGUUUUAAAGAAAAGUAAGGUAUUGCAUUAGGCAUGGUACAUGCUAGGUAGGAGUUAAGUAAAACAUAGUAUAACAUGCAAGCAUUAACACUGGAGACAUCAUGCCACUGUCCCUCGUCACCUAUUAUAUGUAGAUGAGAAUAUAGGAAUUCCCGUAUUGCAGAAUAGCCUAACUGUGCUCAAAGGAAAAUACCAUUAGCACAAUGCUGUGUGGGUAACAAAAUAAAACGAUGGGGCACAAUAAUUGCACUGGGUGCCUACACAGCCAGAUGUGUUAAAAAUUCAGCUAGGCUAGCUGAUUUAGGUACUGCUGUGUGUGGCUCAGCGUGGAGGGAGGCCUGAGGCCGAGUAAGACCGUGCAUUUGCACCUAACCAAUUCCCAUUAGUGGCUGUACACAGUCCCGUUCAGUGAAGUGUCCAGUCAGGCGAGGGAGGUGCAAGGCUUUGUCUGUCCCUGGUGAACUCCGGUAAGUGCAGGCUUGUGGUGUAGUAUUGGUCAUCACCCGGGACAGCGAUCCACCUCCAUGGUGCUUUACCUUAUGAUGGAUAAGAUCCCUCAAAGGGUGUGAGUUGUGCCAAUGGCAGUAGGUCACAGCAAGAACGUGUCAGCGGUAUCCAGCAGACCUCUUUGCUUUCAGCAUGUUGUAAUGGUUCACCUAGCGUACUGUAGCUUGGCGUGGCUCCUUAGGUGAGUUGACUUUGUUGCAACUGUUGCCUCGGAUCUCCUCCUUUGGAUUUCAUGAUGUGGGAUCGUUACAGCAGGACCAUGGACCUUCCUCUGCCUCUCAGUAGGAGCCUGUGCUUGUGUGGUUGCAGAGGAACGUGAGACCUGUGUGGUGUGUGUGGUCGAUGAGUGGGGGUUACCUUCCUGUGGGCCCCUGGUCCAUUACGUGUGAACUUGUUCCUACGCUUUGCAUCAGGCAUGGAGCCAUCAGCCGCAGGAGGGGAGUAGCAUUGCUUGCUGGCACUCCGUUGUCUCUCUUCAAGCUUGCGCCAAAAUUCUGUGAAUAUUGCAUCCAGCCUUGUGAGAGUGGAUUCCCUCGAGCCUUGUGGCAUGGUGUAAGGAGUUGCGCCCGCUAUCUUGGUAGCCGCUGAUUCAUCCAGCAGGAAUGUGUGCUGGGUCUUGGGUCCACCGGGGGGUUGUGAGUAGGAUGUGAGUGCUGGAGCCGGGAUACCCCCACCGGCAAUGGGAGGGGGGGAGGGGUGAGGUCCGGGAGCCUUUGCUGUGUCCACUUCUGUCAGUAGGAUAGCCAGCAGGAAGAUCGGCCGCUUCUUCCACGCCAGCACCCACAAGUAGGCUGCAGUUGUGUAUCGAGUCCAGGCUGCUCAUUGUGCAUCUAAAAAGCUGCAAGGUGUUGCUCAGGUGAAUUCAGCUUUUUGCCAGCCUUCAGAUGGCUGGGUUUGAUGAGGCAAAAGUUCAGAUUUAGGGCACUUCAGGAGUUUCUCGCACGGAGCACACUCUGCAUGCGCCCAUUCAGGUUGGCAGCCAGGCCCCGCCCCCAGGAUCAAUUUAUUAUAUAAAUAAGUGAAUUAACCUACAAUAUGAUUUUACAUUAGCAAAAGUAAUGUAAAAGUCCUCUCAAAACCCAUGCUUUUUUUUUUUUUUUUUGAUAUACCGAAUUGCUCCGGAGUGUUGCUCCAUUCUGUUAGUACAAUAAAACUCUUCUCCUUCAUACUCCAUUAUACACAAACUUUGUUCAGUGUAAAUGUAUUUGGACAUGCAAGUACUGGCAAGGCGACCCUUCUGUUAAUAUGAAUUCUAUAAUAAAUGUAUACUCGUUUUCUAAUUUUUUAUUUUUAUUUUUUUUGUGGAAUGGAAUAAGUAAAGAAAAAUGAAAAUUCUUUACAAAAUUAAAUUUUUGCAAGCACUCCACCACUACAGUCUGUGUGCUGUAAAGCUGUCGUGUUUCCUAGCUUUGAGAAAUGCUAUUUAUAUCCUCCUCUCCAUUGCAACAAUGGUUCAAAGCAGCAAAGAGCUUCCCUGACCACACAGAGGCUGGUGUUUUCAGGGCAAUUUUAAAGCGUCACAAACCUCAAAUCUUCCCCAUUUUGCAAUAUAAUUAAUAAACCGGUAAAACUACUUACUCUGAGAAAGCACCUGUGGAAUGUAGUGGUUAUGGUGCUUGAAGUGUUCCUUUUAACAACAUAGAUAGCGAGAAGAUAUUAAAGUGCCUGCGUGACCCAUUAAUACAGUUUACACACACACACAUUUGAACAAAAUGUUUUAAAACCACAAAUAGUGUGAAGAGUUACAGGUUCAGUACAGAAUUUAUAUUGUUCUUGGGUACUUUGACAAAUCUUGUUAAAGUGCAUCCAUCCCUUCUCUGGAAUGUUUACCAUUGAGUGAGUAACACUGGAAAAUCACAAUUUAAAGAAGUGUUGUUGGGUUUUUUUUUGUUUUGUUUUUGUUUUUUUUCCGUUUGAUCUUCCUUUUUGUAUUUAACCACUUAAGGACUAUGCCUUUUUUGAGAUGUGACAUUUUUGGCCUUUUUGCAAUGCAUUCAGUAUUUCACAGUUUUCCUCUUUCUAUUUAAGAGCACCCAUGCAUAUUAUAUAUAUUUUGUUUUAAAAGGAGAAUUGGGGCUUUCUUUUAUCGGGGUUAGGAAACCGUCGGCACUCCAUAUGUUCCAUCGUAUUGCAUGACGACUAUAUAUUAGAUGUCUUAAACAAAAUUAGGGUAACCAGCAGAAAUCUAUGUUCUGAAGUUUCAUAUCUAUUUUAGUGUUGAUGGAUUCCUGAAUUUAUUUUUUCUUACAGAUGUAUCCCCUAUAUUUAGGCUGUUGUAUCCUAUGUGUAAUUCUUCUUUGCAUUUGCAGAUCCCUCGCUCCAGUUGUUACCAGCACCAGAAAACGUGACCAUUUACUCCUAUAAUCUACAGCAGGAUCUGAGAUGGGAACCGAUAAAGGAGUCAGACCCACUUCACCCAGUAACUUACACUGUCCAAUAUGAGUUGUAAGUAUUGUGUUUCUUGUCACUUUGUCACUCUUAACUCAUGCGCUGUUUAGUCAUUCUAGUAUUUCUUAAAGGGCAGUAUAAAGUGGAGAAGAUUCCUAGUUAAGUACCCCGGGAUCCUGAGUCCAGAGCUGUAAUUGACUCGGGAAUACUGCUUGUUUGUUCAGACUGCCAGGUUUACUGACAUAACUGAAUUAUUUUCUAUGAAUAUCCAUGCUCAUUCGUUGGAUAGUACAUGAAUGUGCCCACAACCCUGUACAGCAAAUCAUAGAAUAAGGUAAAUCAAACAUUGUUCAUAUAAGACAGACCGAGGAAAGGGCAUUUUCCUGAAACUUUUUUCUUUGGAUGUCUGAGUGACAUCAAGGGAGGAGUUUCUGGCCCAAAUUAGUGAUGAUUUCUACUGAAAUCAACACUUUUAUAAACUGUCAAAAACUGAGACUCCAGACACAUAAUGCACUAGAGCGAGCUGAGUGUUCCUUUAAUGGAGGGACAGCACCAGAAAAUUUAAUGAUCUUUGGCUUGCUGUUGUACUGGUUAAUACAUUGAAGAAAGAAAACCAAUGUGAAAGUGCCACAAAACGGCAGCUCGAUCUCUCCAAAAUAAACACCAAUCAAAUGAUAAAAAAAGGCUUUCAAAAUAUACAAGCAUAAAAUAGUAAUGUGGCCUCUCUCAAUUUUAAAAUGGCAAGUAUCUUAGACUUUCAGAUAGGGUUAAUAUGCGAAGUACACACUCAAGUGUGGUAAAAUACUAUACAAUGCAGUAAAAUACAUUACGACCCUGGUAUGUUCGAAGACGUGUUUCUCCAAAUGCUUUUUUUUUCUGAAUACUCUCCAUAGCUCAUUGUUGAAUAUGUUAUACCCACUGAGUCACGUUUUUAUUUAGGUUUUUUUUUCCUCUCCUUAUAGGGACAUUCUAGUCACCUGAACAACUGCAGCUUAUUGUAUUUGUUCUUGUGAGUAGAAUCAUUCCCUUCAGACCUUUUGCUGUAAACACUGUCUUUUCAGAUAAAAUGCAGUGUUUACACUACAGCUUAGUGAUAACUCCACUUUCCACUCCUCAGAAGGCUUUUAGAGGUGCUUCCUGGGGCAGUGCUGCACAACGUGACUGACAUUCAGUGUCUCCACCUUCUGCAUGGAGACACUUGGCUUUCCUCAUAGAGAUGUAUUGAUUCAAUUCAUCUCUGAGGAGAUGCUGAUUUUUCAGGGCUGUGUUUGGCUUGUGCUGGCUCUGCCUCUGAUCUGCCUCCUUGACUGUCUCAGCCAAUCCUAUGUGAAAUUAUUGUGAUUGGCUCAGAGAAUCAAUUUUAACGACAUCAGCCAAGUAGGGAGAUCAGAGGCAGCAGCUGCUGACCUUAGAAUAAGUAAGGUUUUACUAUACUAAGGGGAGGCAAGAGUUGGGCCAGCCAGUGACUUAUGGUGUUCCUGACCCUAUACUGUUCCUUUAAGUUGUAUAGAUUAUUGAGCUUCCUUCAUUAUCUCUGGUAGACAUAUGCAAACAUUUGUUUUAAGCGAUUUUGUUCGAAAUAAAUAUUACUGGUAAUCCUUGAAUGAAUCAAUUCCCGAAGAUUCAGGUUUUUCUUUUUUAAUACUAUAUAUAUAUAUAUAUAUAUAUAUAUAUAUAUAUAUAUAUAUAUAUAUAUAUAUAUAUAUAUAUAUAUAUAUAUAUAUAUAUAUAUAUAUAUAUAUAUUUAAAAAAAAACAAAACAAACUCCAAUCUUUACAUGUAUGUUUGAAUGUGUCAGCACACUGUAGUCAUUAUGUGUGUUGGAGUGUUUCAUUAAGUUAUGUCAGAUUUUGAUAAGUUGUGUAAGGUGAAUUUUUAAUGAGGUUUUUUGUUUUUAUGACCACAGAUAACAUAGGGUUGUUUUUUUUUUGUGUGUUCCAGGACCUCAGAGAAGAAUAGCUAUCAUAACCUGUGUUUGAACAUCAUAGAGACGCACUGUAAUAUUAGCAAAUUUACAGAAAUAAAAAUCUAUUUUAAAAUUGUAUUGCGAGUUCGGGCUGAGCAAGGAAAUCUGACAUCUAAAUGGACUCUGACACCUACUUUCCAGGCUACAAGAAACAGUAAGCAAUGUGUAACUAAAUGGUCAUGUUAAUGGCAAUAAUUUGUCUGUAAAUUUGAAGGGCCACUUUGAGCUUUAAUAAACGUUAAUGCAUUCAUUAACCUACUGUAUCUUGCAUGCUUAACCCCUUAAGGACACAUGACAUGUGUGACAUGUCAUGAUUCCCUUUUAUUCAAGAAGUUUGGUCCUUAAGGGGUUAAAGGACCACUAUAAUCACACAGACCACUUCAGCUCAAUGAAGUGGUCUGGGUGCCAGGUGCCCCAGGUAUUAACCCUGCAGCUAAAAGCAUAGCAGUUUCAGCGACUAGAGGCGCUUCCCCCGACUGCGAAAAUCGCAUUGAGCAUGCACAAUGUCCAUUGGAAAGCAUUGAGAAAUGCUUUCCUAUGGGUGUUUUUAAUGCACGCACGGGUUUGACGCACAUGCACGUUCGCUUCCGCUUGGGAGCCAACGUUGGAGGUGGAGGAGAGGUCACCAGCGCCGAGGGAGCCCGGCGCUGGAUAAAGGUAAGUGACUGAAGGGGGACCUAGUAACGAGUUUGUUUUCCUGACACUAUAGAGGUCCUUUAAAUGUUUAUAGUUAGAAGAAAAAUUUCUUUAUUAUUGCUCUGUUAUUCCAAAUAAUAUAGCCAAUAAUAGCCAAGCAGUGUGCGUUAGAAGGCAACAAUACCCAGGCAGACACUUAGAGACCUCGAUUUAACAAGCUUUCCAAAUGUUUUAAUACUAUUAGAAAAACAUUACAAAUUAUAUACAGAAAUCUCAUAGACUUUAAUGUUGACUUCUGUAGAUAACGUAUUUGUAAAGUUGUUUUUUUGUUUUUGUUUUUUAACAAUAUUGAUUAGUUUUGAAAAAAAAUCUAUAAAUUGUUAAAUAGAGUCCAUAGUAAGGAUAUCACUCCCUGUUUGUAGUUUAUCUGACUGUAGCUUGGUUGAGGGUUAAAUGGAGCAGUUUUGCUGUAUAAUACACGUAAGCAGAGGAAAAGCAGCCAUGUGGGACAAACAUUAUACCACUAUGAAGGUUGCAACAAAGUGGGAGGACAGUUUUAGGGCUAAAAAUGUUUUAACAAACUUUUUUAUUUUAUUAUUUAUUAUAAAGGUCUUUUGAAUAUAUAUUUACAACUUCUCUCUCUUCAAAUCUGCACAUUUCCAGUUAAUCUGGACAAUCUGUCUUUGCUGUAUUCAAUGUGUGUGUGAAUGCACAACUGUAUGUGUGUAGAUGAUCAGUGUGUGCAAACAUGGAAGCAGUGUGUCCCCAGGGGUGGGAUUGCAGCACUGUUUGCAUGUCAUUUUGUACUUUGAAUUAUUUUCUUCUCCAUUUGUUUUUCUUUUUCAUGCUAUGUCUCUGACUCUCUAUCUUCCCGAAUUGUAAUCUUUCUCUCCUCUCUUUUGUCUCUGUCACCCCUUAUUGGACUUCACAUCUUUUUUUUAAAUUUUUUUUAUUCUCCCCAAUUGUGCUUCUGCCUCAUCACCCACUUCUCCUUCCUCCUAACCCAUGUGUAUGUGAGCCAUCUUACUACAAUAUGUCCCCACAUCAUGCCAUGUGUUGCUUCCUCAGUGUCUCAUCCCCCAUCUGUGCUGCCAGAUCUUACACAGCUGCUGAGAGCGAGAAAGUAAUAGUGUGAUAGGUUGCGGGGUCCCAUACCACCAGGGGCCCACAACAAUAGCCAGAAUAAAGCAUAUUAAACUAUGACUGGAUAGAUGUAAACCAUGUCUGUACAUCCGGGCACCUGACUGCCUCUGGCACUUGGUCCGUGACUGAUGUGUCUGAAUGGUCAGUCCGCACCCGAGAACAAGCAGCAGUAACCCUAUGAUUCUCUCCCACUCUGUGUUCCACGCAGCUUACUAUAUAUGGGAUGCUAGGUUUGACCUAUGUGGCUGCUUUUCUGCUGCUCAUUCAAAAUGUACAGUGAAGCUUUUUCGCGCAAGCUUCAGAUAGUAAGAAAAACCGUAUGUCAUUACACGUCUGUCUAUUGUAUGCCUCUUUGUGUGUUUAAUCACUUAAAAUGUAGGUUCUUCUUUCAUCCCAUAUUACAUAUUGUCACAAACGCUUUCUUAAGAAGAAAGAAAUGUAUGUUUUUAAACUAAGACACGUUCAAUGUGUUGAUUUGCAAAACCAAUUUCUCUUGUGUUACAGCCACAAUCGGGCCUGUGAAGUCUCUAUCAUUGUCUGCAUACCCAGAGGAACAUUAUUCACUUUAUGUCCGCUUUCAGAAUCCUUUGCUAGUCGAAAAUAAAUGGAAGAUGCUUUAUCAGUUGAAUUACUGGAAGAAAAUCACUGGUGUGAAGGUAAGCCUUUAAAUACAAACAAGUCUACCUAAAGGGGGCUUGGUUUGUCAGGUGAUCAGCAGGCUGCCAUGGCUUAAUCUGGUCCUCACUUGCUAGUCUUCAGUAGGGUGAAGGAGGCAAUGUUUAAUGUUGGCAAGGAGAAUUCAACUUUUUUUUUUUUUGUUGAAGACUGGAUAAAAAAAUGUUCAAUUGUUGUACUAAUUGUUGUUUUUCUUAUGAAAGUUCUGUAAAGAUGGAUAGAAUGGUGUUGGCUGAGAUUUACUAAUCUGGGAUUAAAAUAGUGAACACAUAAUCCAUAGGUUCUAAAAGUAGAUAAUGAUGUUUAAGAUUUUUCAGAAUAGUUAAAGGGACACUAUAGUCACCAGAACUACAUUUUAUUGUAUUUGUUCUGGUGGGUAGAAUCAGUCCCUUCAUGCUUUUUGCAGUAAACACUGUCUUUUCAGAGAAAAGGCGGUGUUUACCUUGCAGCCUAGGGAUGACUCCACUGGCCACACCUCUUAUGGCUACUAGAGGUGCCUCCUGGGGCAAAUACAGGAGCAGUUAAAGGCCCUAUUCCUCUGGGAGCUUGCAAUUUAGUCUUUAGUGACCAUACAAGUAUUUCAUACUAUAGCACAUGUGCAGAGACACCACCCUCCUGUUAGUUUUCACUGUAUACCAUAUGUUUUAUUAUGCUCUAUUAUGUUCAGUCAAUAAACCACUGAAUGUCUAUCUUAUCAGGCAUAUGGAAAUUCUCUAUAUUUUCGUAUGGUUCCUACUGAUUUGCAUAAGGUUGAAAUCUACCAGCGUCUUCUGUUAUUUUCUAGACAACUGUAAAUAUCACCCAAACAUCUGAGCGACUGAAAGGUCUGGACCCUUGGACGGAGUAUUGUGUUGAUGUGACUGUUUUU